AUGCUGACAAUGGGUUUGAAGCCACAUGUCCUCAAAAUUGCCGAGCUCUGCCGGCCGGACCACCAGACGAUAAUGUGGGUCACAUCCUGGAAAAACGAGCUCAAGCCCUUUGUCGAGGACCUGCUCAACGACUAUAUCGAAAUCGAGUUUGGGACGGUGCAGCUACCCGCUGGAAACAGCGUGGAGAUGACCGUCGACGUGUGCCAGGAGGAAGAGAAGGAAGCGAAACUGGUCGAGCUCUUGGACGACGUCCUCGAGGAGAAGUCAAAGAAAGCCGUUGUGUUCACCGACACGAGGAUUAAGGCCGACGAAAUUGCGUGGAAGCUGCGGCUCCGGGGCUGGUCUGCCAUCGGCCUUCACGGCAACAAGACGAAAGAGGAGCGCGAUUGGAUUGUCUCUGUGUUCCGGACUGGUACGUCGAGCGUGCUCGUUACGACGGACAAGGUUGUGCAGGACUUGGUCCUCGAGAACGUGUGCCUGGUUGUGAACUACGACUGCCCGCGUUGCUCGGAGGUGUACGCGCGCAGGUCGAGCCACAUCGCACGCUCAGGUGAACCAGGCGUGGUUCACACGUUCAUCAUUCCGACCCAGCAGCCGUAUGCCACAAACCUGAUAGCGAUUCUGGAGAAUGCCAAGCAGCCGGUUAAACCAGAGCUCUACAACAUGGCAAAGUAAGCUCGUUCCAAACGAUGACGCGUUUGACACCGGCGGUCGGCGAGGUUUCCGGGGUGACGGCGGCCGAAGGAAGGAACUCGG